CUAAUCCAGACAGAACACUGCUGUCCAUCCUAGGCUCCCUCAGGUAUGCAGCUGCACCACCGCUGAACAUACAGGUGUUACUGAGCUGUUGUCCUGAUCCUGUCUCAGGAUGUUUCACUGGGUGGUGAAGGUGGUUCCUCAGCCCCCUGACGCCCCUGGUCCUCUGGGAGAGGAGACGGCCAAUCCCGCACCAAGAAACGUGUCGAAAGAUGAAGUGAAAAAAGUCAAGGCACAACCAGCCAAACAGAAGGAAGAUGAUAUUUCUGAGGACAACAGUAUUCAGAGUGGAGUGAUGACCUGGCUCUCCAAUGGAUUCACAAGUGCUCUUCCUCAACCAGCAGGCACACCUAACCUCAGCAGAUCCAACUCUGUAUCCAAGUCACUGCAGGAUGAUGAAAGGAAUGGGGUGAUUAAGUGGAUUGCAGAUGGACUGAGUAAAGUGGUACCCCAGCCAGAUGAAAAGUACAGAGAGGAUAAUCGAGAGGAGGAGGAUGAAACAGAGUAUAUCGCAGAGCCAUGUGUUUAUAACAUGAAAGAUGUGCCGGACGCAGAGCCCCUCCCACAUAUACCUGUGGUGGAGAUGUUUUCAGAAUAUGAGGAAGAGGAUCAGAUACCACAGUUCCCCCCCAAUGUGGUUAACUGGAUUAAGAAUGCUAUUCCUCAGCCUGUGAUGCUCCCUGCAGGCUACAUAGAGGCCCUAAGUAAGGCGCAACAUGCCCAGGUUCUCUCACCAUCUCCGGAGUCCCUCAAAGGAGAUGAGGACUCACAGAACUCGAAUGUCGUGGGCUGGUUCGUGACGGGUCUCGGCCUCAAGUUGCCACAGCCUGUCGCGAGAUCCAGAGAUGAUGUUGAAGUUCUGCCGAAUGGGGGGGUGGGAGCGCUGAGAUCCCCUUAAACAAAAGGAGAAAGAAGACUGAGGAACCAUGAGAGAGACUGAGACUGAGAGCAAAGAGAUAGAGGCAGAAAAACAGACUUACCGACAUAGAUGAUUGUCGACAUUUAUACAGCUCCACUGAGCAACCUGGCAGCUGUGAGACAUCGCUUAAAAAAUAUGUUUAAUUUACCUUACUCUUUAUGGAAUGCAUAUAUUUUUGUUCGAUUUUUAUUGUGUUUAGUCAAUGUAUUAAAAGGAACUGUUUGUCAGUUAAUGUCA